GGACGACAUCCUCGUCUACUUGGAGACCUUUCAUGGGCAUGCACAACACAUAGAAUGAACAUUGGGAUCUUUGAGAGACGCUGGGUUCAAGAUCGCGCUCGAGAAGAACGAGUUUUUCCUCUCGAAAAUCUCGUUCUUCGGUUACAUGGUGACACGUGGAGGACUGCGGCCAGAUUCAAGGAAAGUCGUGGCGGUGAAAGAUGCUCCUGUCCCCACGACAGUGACGCAGGUUCGAGCUUUCCUGGGACUGGCAACGUACUACCGCCGUUUUAUCAAAGGCUUCGCUGCGACUGCGCGACCUCUAACGAAUCUGCUACGAAAGGACCAACCCCUUAGUUGGGAUGCAGAGUGCGAACAGGCCUUCGCCACCCUCAAAGGCGCUCUGGCGACAACACCUAUUUUGAUCCUGUCGGACCCUACGAAGCAGUUCAUUCUCAUCACGGAUUGGCAGCCAGAGGCGAUUUCCGUUAUUUUAGCGCAGAAGGGAAACGACGACCGAGAGCAGGUCAUCGAGUACGCGUCUCGUACGGUGCCAGACGAACGAAGGAACGAUUCAGCCCCGCAAGGUGAAUGCUAUGCUGUAGUCUGGGGAAUCUUGCACUUCCAUCCGUACUUGUACGGACAGAAGUUCCUCCUUGUAACCGAUCACGAGCCAUUACUGGCUCUCAAGAAGCUCACUAAUUACACGGGUAUGAUUGGAUGGUGGGCUGUGCGCCUACAGGAAUACGACUUCGACAUCAUCCAUCGAAAGACGGAGAGGCACGGCAACGAGGACGGGUUGACACGUCUGCAUUGCCCCGCCAAGUGCGACGAGAGCCCGGUCCCGCACGUCCUUUCACGAACUCUGACACCCUACCUACAGUGGUCAGCUUGCCUCGAGGAGCUGGCAGGUAACAGCAACCCGCCAUCGCAACGAGAGUACCUGGAGCCACAGAGGAUAAUCAACUUCGCCUUCUUUCAGCCUCGAACGGCCUCUGAAGACGAAGGGCUAGCGCUAGAAGAAGAAGAAGAAGAGGGCGUAGAGGAAGGCGACGAGGAAGAAGAAGAGGAAACCCCGGAAGAAGCCGGGAGCUACAGCGAAUACAGUGAGGAGGAGUCGGGAGGUGACGAAGAAGAGGAAGAAGAAGAAGAAGAGGAUCAGUUCGAGGAAGAGGAGGAAUCUGAGUGGGAAACUUUGGGAGAAGAGGCGGAUUGUGCAGAGACUCAAGAGGAGGAUCCCGAGGCGGUGCGAAGGAGAGAGGAGAUAGCAGCCGGGAAGCAGCCGCUGGAGUUCGCAAGCGGGGUGGAUCUGUCGAUCCCGAACGACCCAUCAAAGCAUCCCGAGCCGCCCAAGAACGACGAUGGGGACCUUGCUGCCGAGACUUCGAGCGCACCGGCCCCACGGCGACGAAGUCGAUCCCCCUCCCCCUCCACCUCCGCCCGUCCACCAGUUUGAGCUCGUACCGAUGCGGGGCAUCGGGCUU